AUGAACCCCAGUGCCUGCGGGGCCCCCGCUGCUGCACGGCCCCCACCACGCUUGGUGACGGCAGUCCUGGAGUUGGGAUGGGACGAGUUCAGCGGGGCAGGGGUACAGGAGCUGGCUUUGGGGGUGCUGACGGUUGCUGUCCCCCACAUUCCUGUCUUCUGGGCACCUCAACGGUGCUGGGGAACGGGCAGGGGCGAUGUGGUGCCCAGCUUACCAGCACUGCUCCCGGCAGUCUGCAAGGCAGGAGUGGGACUGAUGGGUCCCCUGGAGACCUACUCUGACCAAGCCAUGAAGACCGUCUUUGAUGUGAACCUUUUUGGGGCCGUCCGCCCCAUCCAGGCAUCCCUGCCUGCCAUGAAGCGCCGCAGAGCCGGACGGAUCAUCAUCUCCAGCAGCGUCGGGGGGCUGCAAGGGCUGCCCUUCAACUCCUUGUACUGUGCCAGCAAGUUUGCGGUGGAGGGGCUAUGCGAGAGCCUGGCCAUCGUCCUGCAGCGCUUCAACAUCUACCUGACGCUGGUGGAGUGUGGACCCGUCAACACCAGCUUCCUGGCCAACCUGCAGCGCCCAGACCCCGAGGGCAGUGAGCUGCAGGGCCUGGACGCCGAGACGCAGGACCUCUACUGCCGGUACCUGCAGCACUGCCAGAGCCUCUUCCGCGACACGGCCCAGGAGGUAGAGGAGGUUCUGCAGGUGUUCCUGGAGGCCAUCGGCACCCCCUGCCCUCCCCUGCGCUGCGUCACCACCCAGCUCUUCGCCCCGUUCUCGCGCCUGAGGCUGGCCAACCCCGACGGCUCCGCGUACGUUCGGGCCAUGCACGACUUCGUGUUCGGCCAUGGCAAGGCUGGGUGA